UCAAAUCUUAUCAUAAACGUUCGCCAGUUUUGGAAAUAUGAAGAAGCUUUAGGCCGCUCCGUUGGAAAACCGUUGAUUAUGAGCACACUCGACACUUCCACCGAUCCUACUCUCUCUCUCUCUCUCUCCAUAAAUCUCUUGCAUCAGUUUCGCUUUAUUUCUUUUGAUUUUGAAGAAGAAGAAGCUUGAAGUCCUUUUUGUUUUGAAGAAGAUUGAUAUUAGGUGAAUAAAUUAAUGGGGAUCACAUCAGAAACGAGAGAUUGCAUGGCACAGAGACCGAGGAACAACAACAAGUAUAAUAAUUCCUUUCUGAUUCCUUCUCCAGCUGAGGAUCAACGGAUUUUGGAAUCUAAACGUUGCACUCAAGAAGGUGUUCGUGCUGGAAUGAAGGCUGCUGCUAUCGCUUGUGUUGUCACUGCCGUCCCUACCUUGACUGCUGUUCGUGUGAUCCCUUGGGCAAAGGCGAAUCUCAAUUAUACUGCUCAAGCCCUUAUCAUCUCUGGUGCAUCAAUUGCCUCAUAUUUCAUCACUGCUGACAAGACUAUCCUGGAGUGUGCCAGAAGAAAUGCUCAAUAUGACAAAACAGCUUGAGAUGCUACAUGUUUUUCCUGCAAUUUCAUGUCACAAUAUGUGGACGAUACCAGUAAUUUGUCACUGUCUAUUGUCACUAUUGUGUUUUUAUAAGGAGCCCACUUUAUCUUUGGUAAGAUAAACUUCUUUUGAUCUCUCACCAAGAUACUGAUUCGGUUAUAGUGCUUACUUAUUGUGCUCAGAAAUUUACUGGUUUUUACGUAUUUGUGUGAAAUAAAAUUUUCCUGGCCGAGGAUGCUGUUCCACA